AUGGCUUUCAUUCAUUUGGAUAUCAGAUGCCUGUAUACCCUUCUUCUUUGCACAGCAUUCGGCUCUACUUUGUCUUCAAAUGCUGAGAUAAAAGUUAAUCCUCCUCAGGAUUUUGAAAUAGUGGAUCCUGGAUAUUUAGGCUAUCUCUAUUUGCAAUGGCAACCUCCACUGUCUCUGGAUAACUUUAAGGAAUGCACAGUAGAAUAUGAAUUAAAGUAUCGAAACAUUGGUAGUGCAAGCUGGAAGACCAUCAUUACUAAGAAUCUACAUUACAAAGAUGGAUUUGAUCUUAACAAAGGUGUUGAAGCAAAGAUACACACACUUCUGCUAGGGCAAUGCACAAAUGGAUCAGAAGUUCAAAGUUCAUGGUCAGAAGCUACUUAUUGGAUAUCACCACAAGGAAAUCUGGAAACUAAAAUUCAGGAUAUGGAUUGUGUAUAUUACAACCGGCAACAUUUACUUUGCUCUUGGAAACCUGGCAUGUGUGUCCAUUCUGAUACCAAUUACAACUUGUUUUAUUGGUAUGAGGGCUUGGACCAUGUGUUACAGUGUGCUGAUUACAUCAAGGCUAACGGAAAAAAUAUUGGAUGCAUAUUUCCCUACUUGGAGUCAUCAGACUGUAAAGAUUUCUACAUCUGUGUUAAUGGAUCAUCAGAAUCCCAAGUUAUCAGACCCAGCUAUUUCAUUUUUCACCUUCAAAAUAUAGUUAAACCUUUGCCACCAGACGACCUUAGUCUUACUGUGAAGAAUUCAGAGGAAAUUAACCUGAAGUGGAGCAUUCCCAAAGGACCUAUUCCAGCAAAGUGUUUCAUUUAUGAAAUUGAAUUCAUAGAAGAUGAUACUGCCUGGGUGACUACCACAGUUGAAAAUGAAAUAAACAUCACAAGAAUAUCAAAUGAAAGCCACGAAUUAUGCUUUUUAGUAAGGAGCAAAGUAAAUAUUUAUUGCUCAGAUGAUGGAAUAUGGAGUGAGUGGAGUGAUGAACAAUGCUGGAAAGGUAACACAUGGAAGGAAACCUUAAUAUUUUUCAUGAUACCAUUGGCUUUUGUCUCAUUACUUGUUUUGUUAAUAACUUGCCUUAUUUUGUAUAAGCAAAAAAGUUUGCUGAAAACGAUUUUUCAUACCAAAAAAGAAGCUUCUUCUAAUCAGGUGAUACAGUGCUGA